AGGUGGGAUCAGCGCGGGCGUCUCUCCUAGCGGGCCAUGGAGCAAACGUACGGCGAAGUGAACCAGCUGGGCGGCGUCUUUGUCAACGGGAGGCCCCUGCCCAACGCCAUCCGCCUGCGGAUCGUGGAGCUGGCUCAGCUGGGCAUUCGGCCCUGCGACAUCAGCCGGCAGUUGCGAGUGUCGCACGGCUGCGUGAGUAAGAUCUUAGCGCGGUACAACGAGACCGGCUCCAUCCUUCCCGGCGCCAUCGGCGGGAGCAAGCCCAGGGUCACCACCCCGAACGUGGUGAAACAUAUCCGAGACUACAAACAGGGCGACCCGGGUAUCUUCGCCUGGGAAAUCCGGGACCGGUUGCUGGCCGACGGCGUCUGCGACAAGUACAACGUGCCUUCGGUGAGCUCCAUCAGCAGGAUCCUGAGGAACAAGAUCGGCAACCUUUCGCAGCCAGGCGGACCCUACGACGGCGGCAGCAGCAGCUGCAAGCAACCCGCCCCGCAACCGACCCUGCCUUACAAUCACAUCUACCAGUAUCCGUACCCCAGCGCUGUGUCGACAGCCGGCGGCAAAAUGGGCAGCCACCCCGGAGCUUCGGUCUCUGCAGCCCACGUCAGCUUCCCCCGCUCUUGGCCCUCGGCUCACUCGGUCACCAACAUUCUGGGCAUCCGAACCUUCAUGGAGCAGAGCGGAGCUCUAGCUGGGACAGAGGGCUCUGCCUACUCUCCCAAACUAGAAGACUGGCCAAGUGUGAACAGAACCACCUUCCCUGCUUCCGGGCAAGGUGUCAACGCGCUUGACAAAUCGGCAGCGGAAGCAGACAUUAAAUACCCCCAGCCGCCUACUGGGCUCUCGGCUGUGGGUACCUUCCUGUCCCCUUGCGCAUACCCGUCUUCAAACCAGCCCGGAGUCUACAGCGGGCCGGGCGGAAGCUACCUAAGUCCGGCCCAUCAUCACUGGCAGACGCAAGGCAACCCCUUGGCUCAUCACCACGGGCCCGGAGUGGCCAUUCAUGGGGGAGAAUUGGCUUCCACCCUGACUUUCAAACAUCCCUCCCGAGAAGUCGGCGACAGAAAACAAGCCAGCAGCCCUGGGGGCAAAACUCCAGCAGUCGCCCUCGCCAGCAUCCAUGGACUUUCUGUUCCAGCCUCCUCGUCCUAGAAGGAGAAAGGCGGGAAACGGCAUCUGAGGAGAAGGAGACUUGGAGGCGGGAAAGAGUUGGAGAAGCUUCCCCCUCCCCCCCGCAGUCAAGAUUUGAGGAGAGGAGAAGCUGCAGCCUAUAAAAAGCCCGCACAACAUGGCAGGGGCUGCCAGACCUGUUUUGCAUUUUGUCACGGCGCAUUUCCUUCCCAAACAAACGCGGAGGAAUCGGAAUGGCGAACUUGCCUUUGACUGAAUCGCAGACCAGAGAUCUCUGGAGGGGGUGAGAGUAGGAAGCCAGGGAAGAAUACGGCGAAAACAAACGACAAACAUUUGUUUGCUGUGAGUCACUGACGAAGGAGGACACACCUUUGGAUUUAGAGAGCUGAUGGCGACUCAAGAAAACAAUAUUGGCCUCAGACAUUUAAAUGCCCAAGUGAGGUGGGGGGAAAACAUCUAAAGAGCACCCAGUCGCUGGCCAAGAUAUGACAAUACGUUUAAAACUUGACAAUUUGAUGGGCUUUUUGUGUCCAAACUUUACUGCUUCAUAGUCUGGCUGGCACUGUCGCUGCAACUUUGAUUUCACCUCACAGCAGGGCACACUGUCCCUUCAUUGCGGCUAGCCUCAAAAUGUCAUGAAACACUUAUUAUUUUUCUUCCAGACCAAAAUUAAACAUUCUUAACAAAGCACAUUUUAUUUGAACAUGAUGCCGACAUAAACACACAUGAAAAAGACUAGCUUCCACCACAAGCCCUAUUACAAUCUUCCUAAUUAAAAGAUAGGCCCCACCAAACACUGGCAGACUGAACCAAGGUGGAUCUAUAUCCUUUUAGAAGAAGGAUUCCUUUCCCUUUUUAAUUUAAUUGUGAAGAGUUUAGAACUGGCAUAUGAGCAAAAAGGCAUGUUUUAAAAACUUGAGGUGGCAAGAAAAACACAGGACAUUGCUCGGGAUGCAUGGAAUGCAUGCACACAUGUUUUUCUCUCUUUUCCAUGGCUUUUCCCUCAAGUUGAGCAGUCUUUACAGUGCCUCAGCCCAACAUCCUAUGCUGCUAACACCCCCUGUUUUGUCAAUGUAGACAUGCCUCUAACCCCAAGUGUAAAAGGACAAGUGAGUAACAAUAUUUUCUGAUUUUAUAUUUUUAUAGCAAACCAAUAAAA